GCAAACGUUGGGACGACAUUUGCAGUUUUGCGGGCCCAUGACAUCCUGGUGAUGCUGCCGUCCGGACAGGGCUGUUUGGUGCUGCCGAGCAGGUCACAGCAAAGGCAACAAGCCCAAUAGGAAUGAAGGCUCAGCAAGAGGGUUCAACUGAGACCAAGAUCUGUGCCCAGACAAAUGCACAUGAGAGGCAAAAGAAAUAAAGCCAAGCCAUUUGUUCUAGUGCUGCAAAGAGCAGGCCUAUUUGUGUGCUGAAAUGUCCAAGAACAAAUGGCACCCACAAUGUGGGUGAAGCAACCCCGGAACCACCCGUCACCCUUGAAAAUGAUGCUUCCCCACUCAUCACCAACCCGAUGGAGCACAUUGCAUCCCACUCAGCCCUUACCCAGUGUGAGGUCCAGCAUGGCAAUGCUCAGCAGCAGCAGGGGCAGGGGCAACCCUCUUCUCUGCCUACCCAUCUCCAGAGCCAGCGUCCCUGCUCCCUGCAUGGGAAAGGUCCCUAUACCCGAGGAUGCAGGGCGGGAGGAUGAUGCCAGCGGGGCGCUACACUCCCAAGUGACGGCUAAAGGUCAUGCCCCUUUUCCAGAGGGUCACGCCCCCUCCCGCGCUUGUGUAACACCCGAAACCGCGUGGCUGCCAGCAACCACGUUGCUCCGGGCCUCCAUCCUGGCAGUCCUGAGGAUGCGGCGGGGACAAAGGAAGAGAAAGGCUGAGGCCACCGAGGUACCACCGGUGUCUCGGAGGAGGAAGGAGGAAGAGGAGGCGCUGCAGGAGCGGCGAAGGGCGGCCCCGUCCGUGCGGGAGUUCAAGUACAACAAAAAGCGGGUUCGCCUCGUCUCGCAGGGCUCGGAGCUGAAGGAGGAUGCGCGGUGCAUCCUUUACUGGAUGUCCCGGGACCAGCGGGUGCAAGAUAACUGGGCUUUCCUCUAUGCCCAGCGCCUGGCCCUCAAACAGCAGCUGCCCCUGCACGUCUGCUUUUGCCUGGUGCCCAAAUUCCUGGAUGCCACCAUCCGCCACUACGGUUUCAUGCUGAAGGGCCUGCAGGAGGUGGCCAAGGAGUGUGCGGAGCUGAACAUCCCCUUCCAUUUGCUUCUGGGCUAUGCCAAGGAUGUGCUGCCCACGUUUGUGGUGGAGCAUGGUGUGGGUGGGCUGGUGACAGACUUCUGCCCCCUCCGUCUUCCCCGGCAGUGGGUGGAGGACGUCAAGGAGCGUUUGCCGGAGGACGUGCCGUUUGCACAGGUUGAUGCCCACAACAUCGUGCCAUGCUGGGUCGCCUCCCCCAAGCAAGAGUACAGUGCCAGGACCAUCCGGGGCAAGAUCCACGCUCAGCUCCCCGAGUUCCUCACUGAGUUCCCCUCUGUCAUUCGUCACCCACAUCCGCCCUCCUGCCCGGUAGAGCCCAUCGCUUGGGAGGCCUGUUAUUCCAGCUUGCAGGUGGACCGCAGUGUGGAGGAGGUGGAGUGGGCGACCCCCGGCACAGCUGCGGGGCUGGCUGUACUGCAGUCCUUCAUCACAGAGCGGCUGAAAUUCUUUGGCUCCCACCGGAAUGACCCUAACAAGGCAGCGCUCAGCAACUUGUCCCCAUGGUUCCACUUUGGCCAGGUUUCCACCCAACGAGCCAUUCUGGAGGUACAGAAACACCGAAGCAAGUACAAGGAGUCAGUGGAUGCAUUUGUGGAAGAGGCCGUAGUGCGGCGGGAGCUGGCUGAAAACUUUUGCUACUACAAUGAGAAUUAUGACAGUGUGCAAGGUGCCUGUGACUGGGCACAAACCACGCUGAAACUCCACGCCAAAGACAAGAGGCCUUUUCUCUAUGAGCUGCAGGAGCUGGAGCAGGGAACUACACAUGACGCACUCUGGAAUGCUGCCCAGCUCCAAAUGGUCCGGGAGGGCAAGAUGCACGGCUUCCUGCGGAUGUACUGGGCCAAGAAGAUCCUGGAAUGGACUCACUCCCCUGAGAAGGCCUUGCAAUUUGCCAUCUACCUCAAUGACCGCUACGAGCUGGAUGGGAGGGACCCCAAUGGAUAUGUAGGCUGCCUCUGGUCCAUCUGCGGCAUCCACGACCAGGGCUGGGCAGAGCGGGCUGUCUUCGGGAAGAUUCGCUACAUGAACUACGCCGGCUGCAAGCGCAAGUUUGACGUGGGCAAGUUUGAGCGCCGCUAUGCGCCCUGCAUGCUCUCCCAGUGAUGGGCACAGCAUGCCUCGAAAUUGCUUAUGCCCCUCUACGCUGGGGACAGAUGUGCCUUUGCCAAGGUGCCAGCUCACACCUUCCAUCCCAGCCAGGGAUCCCCGGCACUGUUGGAGGGCUCACUGGAACAGCAGCAAGCCCCAAGGUUUCGGAGGUCUCUCUUCUCUGCCAUCACCCGCUGCUCGAGCUGCCUCGCUGGGGCGGCUGCUGGAGCCCCGCAGGGCCGUGCAGGG